GAUACAGGCACAACCACUACUGACACAGAUACAGACACAGACACAACCACUACUGAUACAGACACAACCACUACUGACACAGAUACAGACACAGACACAACCACUACUGAUACAGAUACAGACACAGACACAACCACUACUGAUACAGACACAACCAUUACUGACACAGGCCCAGCCCCAGACACCGACACAAAUACUAAAACAGACAAAGCCACUGACACAGGCUGUUCAGCUGGAGCCUCUGUCUAAUCUAGAUACAGAUUUUCCUCCUCCUCCUCCUGCCCUGGAUGAGGACUGGGAUGAGAACGUAUCAAGCAAUGACCUAUCCCUAUCACAGAUCCAGACCGUACUCCAGGAGCCUGAGCAGGAGUGGUCGGACCUCAUCUUCAGCAAGCAACCACCAAUCACAGCUUAUUGCCCAAAGAGUCCCACUCCAAUGAACCGAGACCAUUACAAUUACAUGGAAACGACCAUGGUUAGUAGAAGUCCCAUUGUAAAGAGCAAGGACCCCUGUCCCUCCUCAGCCUAUCAGAACCAUGAGAGCAAGGACCCCUGUCCGUCCUCAGCCUAUCAGAACCAUGAGAGCAAGGACCCCUGUCCCUACUCAGCCUAUCAGAACCAUGAGAGCAAGGACCCCUGUUCCUCCUCAGCCUAUCAGAACCAUGAGUGCCUCAUUCAGGACCUCAAUGGACACCAGUACCAUCAUAGGUUGAAGACCCAUAGAGAGAGUGUUGACCUCCAGGAGACCAGCCAGGCUUCUCAGAUGGUUGUGAAUCUGAAGGUCAGUGGGUUAGGGAGUAUGAUGCAAGACUCUAUGGACUCUGGCAUCUCUGGUGUCUCCAACUCUAGGAGCUUGAAGCUCAAUGCACCUGAUGUUCUCCAAGAGCCCCAGCCCAUGAGGACUGUGGUGGGGAGGCUAGUGUCUCUGGAGGAGGGGCGUAUGGAGGCUGUGUCCACACCCAGGGGAAAUCCCACAGCAACCCCAGCUCCUGCCCACCCAGAGACAAAAACAACAUCCAGAAACAGACACCACCAGACAGAGACAGAACUCGACUCUGAUCCGGUCGACCCCGACCUCACCAUCCAUCCAGACCACCAGCAGUUUGAGGAGGUAGAGGAGGAGCUGGAGGACAUCUGGAACCAUAGCAAUGGCUACAGACAGAGUAUCUCCUCUGACAUCAUGUACCAGCCACACCAAGAGGAGGAGGGGGGAAGUAGCAACACCCCAGGACUGACCACAGACCCGCUCUCACCCCCCCAGGCCCAGCCCCAGGCUACCCCCUACAGAAAGCUGAUAACAACCUCUGCCCCUAACCUUCUGGUGGCUGGAUUCACACUCCCCUCCUCCCUCCAAACCCUACUGGGCUACAACCAGGACCAGGACCAGAACCAGGGCUUUAGCCAAGACCCAAACUCCAGAGAAGAGCUCCCUAUGCUGGCUAACAGAGACAUGAGGUCCUGGGCAGCUUUCCCUAUUCAGGACCAACCCUGGAGGACCACAGCACUGGUCAAUGAAACGGCAGCAGAACCAGUCAAGCUACCGGAAAUGGAGGACCAGAAGAGAUACAUCUACCAGUAUAGAGAGGAGGAGGAAGAGGAUGAGGAGGAGAAGAUGGAGGACACAGGUUGUCCAAAGGACCCAUCAAUGAGUCUGCUGUCUGUUUACAUGGGUCUGGACGGAAACAAUCAGCGAGCUACAAGUUGUGGCACUCUGGAAUGUGUAAUGGAAAAGCAUGGAGAGAGUCUGGCCACAGGGGGGCGAUGUGGCACUAUGAAUGGGAGUGGGUCUGAGCUGCAGACGAUGGAGGGAACUCUGGAGAGGAAACACAAGCUGCAGCUGGGAGGGAAGAAGGCCAGGUCUCGAGCAUGGAGCUCCCAUCAUGCAGUGCUUUACAAACAGACACUCUGCUUCUACCAAGACAGAAAGGAUACACUGAGGAACUGUGUGUGUGGCCUGUCUCUAACCCUGACGGGAGCAGAAUGUGUCUCAGCCCCAGAGAACACUAAGAAACCCCAGUGUUUCAGUCUGCGCUUAAGAGAUGGCUCAGAGUACCUCCUCAACACAGCAAACCGAUUCAUGAUGAAGAAAUGGAUGCUGAAAAUACAAGCCAACAGUGUGCCCAGUGAGCAUGUCUCCUCCAUGAUGUCACCCAGCAACCUCUUGGUUCAGGACACCCCCGCCCCCUUCACCACCUCUUUCCUCUCACAAAGUACCAGCACAGGGACGGACAGAGCCAAGGAUAUAGUUGUCCUGACCAGAGAGACUCACCGUCAGAUCCCUCAGUUGCACCCAGAGAAACAGCAGGACCCAACAUCCUCAUCACAUACAGGCCGUCGUGAAGAUAACUAUGACUCCCUGAGACUGUGUGGUAGAUACAGGGAGAACAGUCCUCCCUCCUUGCACUCCUCCAUUUCUCCUUUCUCCCUCCACAACUCCUCCUCCAUCCCUCCAUUCUCCCUCCACUCCUCUGUCUCUCCUCCUUCCUCCUCUGUCUAUAGAGGUGGUCAGGACUGGCUCAGUCAAGUGAACAAGAGUCACUCAUUUACCUCAGCAAGGUACCAGAAUAUUAAACCAGCGUUGCUGCCCCCAGGAGGCAGAGGCCGGGACUACGGAUCAGUGGGUCUGGACUGUGGGUCAAACUACUCCGUGACUAUGAUUAUAGGAGACAAGCAGUCUGCCGCUUCUCCCACUCUCAGUUGUGAUGGUAGUGGUCCAUCUAUCACCAGUCACACUGACCCACAGCGCCCCCUCCUGGAUGGAUGGCAGCACAACUCAUAUCACCAGGACUCUACUACAAGAAGGCAGCUUCACCAGCACCAAGCAAUGUACCACCACGACCAGGAACCAUCUCUGAGGUCCUGCACCAGUCUGCCUCCGCCACGCAAGAAGUCUGUCUUCAACAAGUUCUUUGGGAAGAAAGACUGAAGCUGUUAUAAAUCAAUCACAUAUUUCUUACCUUUCUUUUGGUAUUUUCUUAAAACUGCAUCAUCGUUGGUUAAGGGCUUGUAAGAAAGCAUUUCACUGUUGUAUUCGGCACAUGUGACAAAUAAAAUUUGAUUUGAUAUUUUA